CGGUGGACGUGGUAUACUUGGAUAGAGGGGUGGCGGGAUGGACGUGGUAGACUUGGACAGAGGGAUAGCGAUGGACGUGGUAUACUUGGACUGAGGGGUGGCGGUGGACGUGGUAUACUUGGACAGAGAGGUGGCGGUGGACGAGGUAUACUUGGACAGAGGGGUGAUGGUGGACGUGGUAUACUUGGACAGAGGAGUGGCGGUGGACGUGGUAUACUCGGACAGAGGGGUGGCAGUGGAUGUGGUAUACUUGGACAGAGGGGUGGCAGUGGAUGUGGUAUACUUGGACAGAGGGGUGGCUGUGGAUGUGCUAUACUUGGACAGAGAGGUGGCAGUGGAUGUGGUAUACUUGGACAGAGGGGUGGCGGUGGAUGUGGUAUACUUGGACAGAGGUGGGGUGGCGGUGGAUGUGGUAUACUUGGACAGAGGGGUGGCUGUGGACGUCGUAUAUUUGGACAGAGGGGUGGCUGUGGACGUCGUAUACUUGGACAGAGG